AUGGUGCUUCGUAUCCCUGUCAUCUCUUCCAUCGAAGGACUGGGAGCAGCCGUUCGCUCGCGCCUCGCGGUGUCCUGUGCCGCCGCCGCGCAACAGGUGGAGGUCGUUGACGUCCCCGUCCCGGCCCAGCAAGUCUGGACGCUCACUUCCACGCAGCGCCAGACGCUCGAAGACGCCGAGUUCGUCCUGGCCGACGCCAGUUUGGGCGCCAAGUUGCUACUAGACCGCGCAAACUUCCUACCGAAGGAAUCGCCCAAUCUUUUGCAAUCUGUCAAAUGGAUCCAGUCCACCUAUGCCGGCGUGGAACCAUUUUUUCAGCAACUGGCCCAGGCGGACCGAAAUGAAUUCCCAAAGUUUAUCCUGACCCGCGCUGGCGGCAUCAUGCCAAAUGCCAUGGCGCAAUACGUCUUCGGCUGGGUCAUCGCGCUCGAACGCAAGUUCAUCGAGGUACAAAAGUUCCAGAAGCAACACAAAUAUGCUAGGACGGAGUUAAAGUACCGAUCUUUUAGGCCCUUGACCGUCAGUAUCCUCGGACUUGGCGAGAUCGGCCAGGGAAUCGGUCGGUUGAUGAAGACUGCGGGGUUUAAAGUCGUGGGGUUUAAGCGCCGCAUUAGCAAGGAGGAUGCUGAUAAACUGAAGGAAAGUGCUGACCGAGUGUCGUGCGACCUUGACGAUGUUCUUAGCGUUGCUGACUUUGUCGUUAACGUCUUGCCAAGUACCGAUGCCACGAGAGGGAUACUGAAUGUGGAGCGACUGCAGGCUUGCAAGGACAAGAAACCAGUAUUCAUUAAUGUCGGACGCGGAGAUGUGAUUAACGAAACCGAAUUAGUGACUGCGCUGGAUGAAGGACUCUUAUCCAAGGCCGUGUUGGACGUAUUUGAGAAGGAGCCAUUGCCUAGAGAAAGUCCGCUGUGGAGCCACCCAUCGGUAUUCCUCACCCCGCACGUGUCAGCGCUCAGCCUCCCGGAAGAAGUGGCGGAUGUGUUUGUGAAGAAUUUGGAUCUGCGUAUGAAGAACGAACCGCUGCUGUAUUCAGUGGACUGGGCAAAUGGGUACUAAGGUCAGAUUCUGAUACUGAAGGUGCACUACUUGCGAGUUGCAGUAUCGCUUUUUUUAGAGUUGAGAGAAGAACGUCUAAUGACUCGUUCCAGCAUUUUAUGGGCGGACAUUCUCAUUGGCGUCCGUAGAG